UUUAGUGAAGUAGUUAUUGUAUUUUCACGCAUGUUGCAUGUUAUCUCUAGGUCUAGUGCUAGAGCUCAAGCCAACAAAAGUAGUCUUCAAGAAAAAUGACUAUGAACUCUAUGAAAACUUCACGUGCUUGUAUCAUGCAUAUGAGCCGUACCGUAUCUUGUUUACCAUCGAGCCGGAGUUGGAAAGGGAUGAUGACCCAUUUGCUCUAAUGGAUGUAAGAUUACCAUAUAAUACAGAAGAGUACAGAAAUGGAGAGAAGCACUUCAUAACCCUACGCCUCAUCAACGGUCAUAGAACAGUAACGUGCCGAGUUUUCGAUGAGAAAAACAUGGAAGUAGCCCAGAUGGUCUCACAAAUUAUAUAUAUUGGUGGAGGCAGAAGAGCACGUCUACCAAAACCAACUGUAGGUGAUGGAUCAGUGUCACUUGUUGUUACUACACCAACCAUUCAAGUAGCAUCUGUUGGCUCCACUGUACAGAUGCACUGUCAAGCACGUUCACUGAAGGGACCACAGAACCGAGUGUCAGUCACCUGGAAUAGAGACAAUGGGGAAUUGCCAUAUGGCAGAGCACAAGAUAAUCGUCAGGGACUGCUCGUCAUUAGUGAGGUGCAAGUCUCAGACAGUGGAACAUACAUUUGUACAGCAUCAGAUGGCUUCCACAUUGUGACCAAGACAACUACACUGGAAGUAGGAGGUGGAAGCACUGGAGUGCCACGUGUCACCAUUGAGGAACGACGUGAGAUCUUGGAACUCAGGCGUGGUCAGACCUUAGAAGUGCGGUGUUCUGCCCAGGGUAGUCCUCGUCCUCAGGUGCUCUGGUCUCAUGGGCCGAACCGCGAACGACUUCCCUACAAUGUACAGCAACAGAAUGGAGUGCUCAUCUUCCGCAAUGCUGAUGUUUCCAGUUCUGGUGAAUACUACUGUACAGCAACAAAUUCCGAGGGAACAGAUUAUGCUCGCAUCAUCAUCAACGUGGUCGAGGCAGGAACUCAGACACUUCCAGAACGAGUACCUCUGAUCAUUGUGCAGCUUUCUGAACAAGAGGUCGAAGUGAAUGCUGGUGAGACUGUCCGUGUAAGCUGCAGUUCUUCCAGCCCAGGACAGUUGAGAAUCGAAUGGAGUCGACUAGGAGGAACUCUGCCAUCACAAUCAUCUCAAAGGAAUGGACUGCUGUCAAUUCCAAAUGCACGUGCUGUUGACUCAGGUAUUUACGUGUGCCGCAUCAGUGACGAGAGGUCCAGCUUCUUUGAAGAAUCCAGCACUCGCAUUACAAUCAGUGAGACAUGUGAUAGCCACAUAAGGAAAGUUAGUUUAGGAGUAUAUUAUAGGGUGCAAUUGGCUGCAAUUGGCAAGUGGCUCAGUCUAAAGGGUUAA